AUGGGUUUCGUUGUUGCCAGUCUCUGGAUAAGUCUUUUUCUUUCCACCUUGGAAACCACGAUCACUGUUACAGCCCUUCAUCAUAUCUCGGACGACCUCAACGGUCUGGGCCAGUCGAUUUGGAUUGUUGUCGCUGAUCUGUUGACUUAUGAUGGUGAUGAAUUUCGAUUAUCCUCCUAUAUAGGGGAGAUGGAUUAUGCUGCCGUAACAGAGCACAGCUAG